AGCCUGCUGCAAGGGCUCUCUCAAAAGAUAGGCGUGCCUUUGCGUUUCUAGUCAGGCGUGUUGCUGGGCAACUCUCCAAGCCAUGGGAUCAGAGGGGCCUCCUUCGCUAGACGGCCAGACCGACCCGUCGUCUGACAGACGCGUGGAAAUUGUCGUGAUAGUGAACCCUACGUCUGGCGGCAACGUUGCCGGCGAGUUCCUCAAGCUGCCUGCCGGCGGCCUUGAGAUGGACGCGCUUGGCGGCAGAAGGAAAGUUCGCAUCUCCAGUUACUCGAUCUUAGACCCAGGCAAGGUCGGCUUCUUGCACUUGGCCGAGGCAGUCAUGAGGUUGAAGACCGACGAGCACGUGUGCUGCAUUGUUGCUGGGGGUGACGGCACUGUGAUGUGGGUGAUCGAGGAGAUGUUCAAGCAUGGCAUCGACGUCGAUCGAGUGACUUUGGGCACCACGCCUUUCGGCACUGGCAACGACUUCUCGAACGUGACCGGCUGGGGCACGCGUGGGCCAAGCCCAGGAUUCCUCAAGGAGAACAGUGGGUUCUCCGGCAUGAGGCGAUACGUCGACGCUUGGUUGCAGGCCGAGCAGCGUCCGUACGACAUUUGGGAGACGUCCAUGCGCACCAUGGCGUCCGAAAAGGCUGGCUUCGAAUUCAUCCAAGAUGGGCGUAAGGUAUGCACCGAUAAGCACAUAGAGCGGCAUGGCAUCAGGCGGCUGGGCGAUGGCAGCUUGGAGAUGUCCAAGUAUGUCUGCAACUACUUCAGCGUAGGCCUCGACGCGCGCGUGGGCGUCGGGUUCGAUAAACUCCGGGCGAAGAGCCAGGUCAUCAACAAGGGCGUCUACGCAUUGGAGGGGGCCAAAAAACUCCUAUUCAAGAAGAAGGGCGUCAUCGGGAAUGUCGUGGACAGCCUUGUGGAGCUGCAGUCCGACACGUUGCUCGAUCGCGCCGCGGAGGGUCACAAGAAAGACGAGCGGGCGGUCGUUUUCAAGGCAGGCCGACAAGACGACGGUGAUGACAAGAAGCUCGUGGGAAACCCGGUGUCCUUGAUAUUCAUGAACAUCCCGAGCAUCGCCGGCGGGCUGGACAUCUGGAAGUGGUCCAAGAGCAGGAUGGGCAUCAGCGGCCCGAGCGACCUGCUCAAGUGCCCGACUUCGGCGACGGCAAGCUCGAGUGCAUCGCCUACCGCACCGGCAUCGGCUUCUACCUCGAGCAGCUGCGGUCCCCCGCGACUGUCAGCGGCAGGGGGCACCGCAUCUACCAGGGCGCGGAGCCGCUGAGGCUGAAGUUUAAGAACCCGAGCGAUGCGGAGUUCGUGAAGGGAACGUCGCACUGCAAGGGCCGGACGUACAUGCAGGUAGACGGUGAGUUCUUCAUCGUGUACGAGCCCCAUAGCUUGGUUGUCAAGCACCAUGCGAAGGUGCGGGUGCUUGUGAACAUGUCCAGCACGAUCAGCUGCUUUGGAGCUGCUUGACUCCUCCUUCUCCUCACUCCUCGUCGCCGUGGAGUCCUCGUUUUCCAGCCCCGUUGCAUUCCGUGGAUGUCAGUCGUUUUUAUUCCCCCUGCCGCGCUGGUCUCUCUAGAUGAGAGCUACCUGUGUUGCAGGACGCAGCGUCGCUACGUACACAGAAUUUGUUUUUCCGGAAAGGGCCUGGGCCCAGGGUUCUUUUUUAGAUGGUUUCCCCCCCGGCCUCGACUUCCGUAGGGCCGGAGAAUUGAAUCUGCGAUGAAUAACGAGGUCGCGUAGGGCCGGCGAAUUGAAAAGUUGAGCAUGUCCUUGGCGAAACGCCGAUCGAUCAAUCACAAGGUAGAGUACGCAUUUUCGUUUGUUGCGGAUUUCUCUACAUUGCAUUUGCCCGUCGACCAAUCAGGAGUCUUGAACACGUUACUAUGCUUCACAUUUCUGUAUCCCUUUCCGGGUUCGUGGGUCGAUCAUGUUGCCCGCGUUGUGUCGCUUGUGUUUCACAUAGGUGUGCUAUGUCUAAUACGAUGCUUGUUUCUUUACGCGCUGAGAUGGUUGCCAAGCUCUUCGCCAACUGAGCUGGACUGUAUCUGUGUGCCUGUCAUAAUUCAGACAGCGUUGGCACCCCAAAUUGCUCUCCACCGUCAGGUGCUUCAGACUGCAGAAGCGGCGACGGCAGCAGGGGUGUUGUGUGCGGAAGGUCCUCCACAAGCCAGGAUCUUCCUCAGACCCGAGCCACUCCUCUGCCGCGGCAGGGAUGCUCUGAGAUGUCAGGUUUCUCUGCCCGCACGCUGGAUCCCUGGAGCGAGCAGCUGCAGGCACGGAUGCCAUCUGUAUGCUCCUGGGGGCACAGCGGCUGUGGUGCCUCUGAGACAGCUCCCCACCCGCCAACGCGCGCACAGGUGUUUCGGCGGAGGCCCAGAGACGCGCCGCUCACGGGAGCAGUCGUCGCUCGCUGGCUGAAAA